GCAGCACGUCCUACUUUUUAAAAUGGCUGCGCCCAUGGCCGUCAAGAAAAAUAUGAAUGCUUUUAAAAUUAUUGCGAUAGGAUGGUUGUCUAUUCUUAUGGCAACCUCAUUUUCCAAGGCAGUGGACAUGGAAGAUUUUUUCACUAGUGAGCAUACUAACAACUGGGCUGUGCUUGUUGACACGUCGAGGUUCUGGUUCAACUACCGACAUGUGGCAAAUGUCCUCUCCAUCUACAGAAGUGUGAAGAGACUCGGUAUUCCUGACAGUCACAUUAUAUUGAUGGUAGCUGACGAUAUGGCCUGCAAUCCAAGAAAUCCAAGACCUGCCACUGUUUUCAACAAUGCCAACGAGCAGAUCAAUGUGUAUGGAGACGAUGUGGAAGUGGAUUACCGUGGUUACGAGGUCACUGUCGAGAACAUUAUCCGUGUUCUAACUGGGCGACUUCCUCCCAGCACCCCACGGUCUAAACGACUCCUGUCUGAUGAAAAUAGCAACAUCUUGGUGUACAUGACUGGUCAUGGUGGGGACGGGUUUCUCAAGUUCCAAGACGCAGAAGAGAUUUCCAGUGUGGAACUGGCCGACGCCUUCGAGCAGAUGUGGCAGAAAAGAAGGUACCAUGAGGCAUUCUUCAUGAUUGACACAUGCCAGGCCGAGUCAAUGUUCCAGAAGUUCUACUCUCCUAAUAUCCUUGCCGUGGCUAGCAGCAGGGUCGGGGAGGAUUCCCUAUCGCACCAUGUUGACCCUUCAAUCGGAGUGUACGUGAUAGACAGGUACACAUACUACGCCCUUGAGUUCCUGGAGAGGGUUGAACCAAACAGUAAGAAAACCAUGGGACAAUUUCUACAAGUGUGCCCCAAGAGCCAGUGUGUAUCAACCGUGUCAUAUCGUACCGAUCUAUUCCGCCGUGACCCGUCGAAAGUCCUUCUUACAGACUUCUUUGGAAGUGUGAGAAAUGUGGAACUACUUACAGAAACCAUGGACUUCAGCAAUGUCACAAUGCCACAGACUUGCAGCAAAGAAAGCUGUGGAUCCCAAGCCAAUCAAGAGUCCAGCCGACCCCUCAAGUACGCGGAACAGUUCCCGAUGCCCACCUGAUGUCCACAGGACCACUUUACUUUAGAUUUUAAUCAGAUGGUGUAAUCCAAUGACAAGCUCAAACUGUGCGUUCUCUCAUGUGCUUAAAAUUAAAUGUUCUUAAAAUACUAUACAUGAACAGAUGGACCGGAGUUAUACUUCACAAUGUCCGCAUUAUGUUACCUGGUAGAGGACAACAGCUUUUUGUAUAAAACUGCUUAAGUCUUUGGUUUGGUUAAAGUUGGCCAAAGUAUUUACUGAUUGGUCAAUUAUUAAAUUAUCUGAAAAUAAUAUUGCAAACAAGCCUAAAGAUAACAUGUGAACAACUUAUUCAUUUUUUUAUAAUUGGCUCCAGAUUGAGAGUUAAGAUUUAUUAUUUAUAUGGUCGGAUUAUGGUAAACCAUGUGCUCAAAAUCGUAUGUUUGGUCUCUGGCUUUGUCACAAAUUCUUAUAGUAAAAUCAAAAUACAUUAUUGAGGAUCAUUGUCAGUGCAUGUAAUUUCCCAUUUGUUGUGACGCUUCACAGAAUUUAUGGCCCGGAGUAAGGUGCUUUAGUAUGUUAAUGAUUUUAAUAAUGAUUUUGCACCUAAAACCAAGGGAAUCUCUUCUGUCUUGAUAACAGAUACUGAGAAUUAAAAUUGAUUCAUGCGUUGGACAAUGAUAUGUCAUAGUUGAGAACCAUUUUGUUUCUUUAUUUCUACCGGUAGCUAAUUGUUAUGAAAAAAACACCUGAUAUGUGACAGAUUGCCUUACUUUAUGCGUUAUAAUACAUAGACAUAUUAUCUUUAUAGAAUCGUUUAUGUGUUUAAAAAAAUGAUGCUGUUGUGCACUUUUGAUCAAACUUUAUUAUUUUCUAUGUUGUUGGUGAUUUUUUUAAUUACUUGUGAAUGAUAUUUAGUGUAUUAGAAAUAUUUUAUCUUGUAUGAACAGUAAUAGUCCAGUCAGAUCGUCACAAGAAUGCAUCAGACAUUGGGAAAAGCAUGACACUUGGAACACAUGUAAUUAGACCAAUCGUAAACAUUUGUUGACCAAGAACUAGUUUGUGUCUGUCAAUAUGGCUAAAUGCUGACCAUCUUGGAAAAUGCGUAUGGCAUUAUUUUGAAGUUCAACUUAUCCAUUAUUACUGUAUUUUCAUUCCAAAUUUGUUUAAAUGAUUAUAUUUAUUACAGUUCUUUUUUCCAUAAGCCACAUAACAUUUUAUAAGUGUGCAAUAUUUUGAAAAUAAAUGAACUCUUGUAGUCUGUA